AACGAGUUUACCAUGUCCUUUGAGGUACAUUGGCAAUUUCCGGUUCACCAUUCUUAGUUCCAACCUCUUUUCGUCAUAUGAACUGCGUGACGUACUCCAAUUCUCCUGGCUCUUUAAAAAUGGGCCUAGUUUACUUCUCCAAGAUAUCUCUCCGGUAUGGCUAUCAACCAGGAAACCACUCAGCUCAAUGCUCUCUAUCCAUUGACCCCGUUCGAUGACGGUUAUUCGACGUCUAUCUUCAUAACUGGAUGGCUGGUCGAGGGUGUCGUCGAUGUCGAUGCCCUUGCGGGGGCCUUGGACAGGCUUACAGCCAAAUGGCGCUUGCUAGCUGGUCGAUUAGAGAGCUAUAACCAAUCUAGCAAGAAAUCAUGGCGAAUCGUUAUUCCUCUAGGAGAUUUACCACCCAACUACCAAACGUACUCCCUCACAACAUGUCCGACUAUCAAACCUAUUUCCUUUCCCAAUACCUUACCCUCUACGAUCCAUUCGCUUCCUUCUAGCCUUUUCCUUCACCCAGACACACCUCAUUCGAGCAAUGACUGGGGACAGCGUCCUUUGACUUGCUGGCAUGUCACCCGACUAUGUCGAGAGGGAGAUGCAGAACCACUCACAGCCAUAGGUUUCGCUCGCCCUCACGGCGUCUUUGACGGAACUGGGGCAAAGAUCAUCGUAAACGCCCUCAUCUCCGAAAUCAAAGGCUUGUCUUGGGCCGUCCCGCCCGUCCCCAAACCCGGCGCAAGCACUAAUAUCGUGCUCAAGGCUUUGGAUAACCAUAAAAAGUCUGGGACGGUCCAACCGGUGGACUUUUCGGGGUAUACGGACCUGAAGACUUUGGGUACGGUGAAACUCGUGUUCAAUCAGUUACGGAAGAAGGCAUUCCAGGACGUACAGAACCAUUUGGUGAUAUUGAAAAAGGAUAUAGUGGAUUUCCUCGUUGCAGACGUCAGGCAAGCUCUCUACCGCGAAGGGAAAAUAUCUCCCAGAGUCAGCACUGGCGAUGUUCUUGUUGCGUGGUUAUGGAAGGCCGUGUACGCGCGCUCGACGGAUCCGGAUCUCAGAGUACACUGCUCAAAUCUAGCAUCGUUCCGGGGCCUUCUUGCAAAGUAUGAUUCAGAAAUUCAGAACUAUCCUCACAACGCCUUCGUACCUCUUCCGUAUCCUCGCCACACCGUCGCGGACUUGAAAUCGCUGCCACUGCACAAGUUAUCCUAUCAGCUGGCCUCCGGCCGGACUUCUUUAUCCAUCGCGCACGUUCACUCGGCCGCAAAGACGUUCAAGACGGCGACGUUUGCUGCACCGCUUCAUCCACAGGCCGACGAGACUAUCUUCAUCUCGAACGUCUCCGCGACUCGUAUCCUCGAGGCAGACUGGACCUCCAUUGGUGCAAAGCGCACCCUUUGCGGUUUUAGAUAUGCGCUGACAGCGUUGGGAUCUCCCUUGACCAAUGCUGCGUAUAUUUCCGGACACCUGCCGGACUCGAGUGUGUUACUGGAUGUGAUCCUCACGCGUUCAAAGAUGCAGGCGUUAACCGCCGAAGUGGGUAGACUGGAGGCUCUCGUGGCUCCAAAGGCAUGAGGAUGCAACGUGUUGGCUACAUAUUGCACGCGCUAUCGAUGGACGGGAUCCGGAGCGAAUGUGGAAUGUCAUGUUGUUAUUGUGGCAAGUGUGUUAUGAAAUAUCGCAGCAGCUCUUUUAAUACUUUAGAAGCUUUAUACUGGGACUAAAUAUAAUACGCUACCAUAUGUCGAGAAAUUGUAUUUAAUCAUCACGAUAGGUUAUGAUAAGUAGUACCUAUUAGGAUACGAUAUACAGAAUUAAUAUCGAUUGCUAUCCAUGUGCUACGUGAGGUAUCUUGAAACAUGCGGCAUUCCAUCACCGUUUCAUAGCCUUCGUCGAGCCUGCUAUUCAGCCAUGGGAAUGUCUCAACUCUUUGG